AUGUCCCGCUUUCGAGCAUUUACAACGUCCUUGGGGUUUCGCGUCAGUAACGACAUUCGUCGAUCUUCGACUGACCAGUUCUCCAUCCAUCAACCACCCGAUACCAUGUCACUACGACCGCAAGAUGGUAACUUUACGCUAUAUCUACGUGUGCAUUCCGCACGAAAGUUGAAUACUGUAGCUCAAGGGUCUUACUGUAAACUGUAUAUUGGAGACACGUCUAUUGUCGGUGGAUUUGGUCAAUGGAAAUCUCUUGUACGAUUUCAGAAAAGUCAAGGUGACCGUCAUCGUACAUUUCAUACUAAAGUCCAGCUCAGUGCUUCAAGAGAUUGUCUUGAAUGGAACGAGAAGUUUGAAAUUAGUGUGAGCAAUCCAAACGUCGAAAUUUUGACUAUUCGUGUGAAGAAUCACGUUGCGAUAUAUAGUCCAGCUAUUGGAGCGUGUGUGGUUCAGAUGCACCAUCUUCGACUUGGACAAACUAGUGAUGCAUGGUACCCACUUUACAACGGUAACAAACGUAGUGGUGACAUUCGAUUGCAAAUUCGUUUACAGAAAAAUGUUGUUCUACAACGUUUAUCACAAGGUUGUGAGGCAACAGUGGAACGAUUGAUGCGACAACAUCGAGAGUUGGUAGAGACACAACGACGAGAGGAGAUGACAAUGAACGGAAAGAAUCAAGUUAGACUGAAACAGUAUCAAAACAGUGAAGAGGAUUGGAGAGAACGUUGUGCGAGAAAAUUACAGCAGGAGCAGCUGCUAGAAAAUUAUGACGAUUCAAUGUUAAAUUCGGAAGCUGAUUUGAAAGUGCGAGCUGAGAACGACUUGAAGUCGGGAUUACUUCCGAGUUUUAAGUACCGUGAUGUUAUUAAGAAGGAGCAUGUUGUGACGCAAGAAAUGAAGGACAUGAGUUUACAGACAAUUGCGGAGAGAAACACUGAAAGCGUGGGAAGAUUUGAUGCCUUGAAUGGAUACACUGUCGCGAAUACUGAUUUCAGAAAUACCACAGAAGGCUGUUCGAGCCAACAGGCUUUUAAAAUUGGCACGAAUCAAUUGUCGACGGAAGAUCUUCACCAAGUAGUACAAAAUGCACUGCCUACGUCGGAUUCGUCGGAAUCAUCGUCGAGUAGAGAUCGGUAUUGUCGGCAACGGAAUCGCCGCAAAAAGCGAGAGGGUGAUGUACGAAAACAUCGAAAUGAGCGGCAAACAACUUACAGCGAUGAAAUUUCUGACGAAAGCGCUCAAAGUUUGUCGAAAGAAAAUUCUAUGUUCUUCGAUAACAGAUACCGGAACAAACAUCAAAGCCGAAAGGGCUCGAUCAUGGAUAGUGACCAGCCCAAUGAAUGCAUUGAAACUUCAUUUCAAGAAGAUCACUUUCGUCGCGGCCGCAUUCAAGCCAAAAAAUUGGAGGGACGAGAGACUAAAACGAAAAGCAGAGAUAAGCGGAUGAGCAGAAGCGGUGAGAAAGGCUAUUUGUCUUCAUCUUCCAUGUCGUCGUCGGAAGAAGAACGCGAGCUCACCUGGCGUGUCACUUGA